AUGGGUGCUCACGGAUCCAGUCUGGAUGAGGUCUUGGCUGAAGAUAUGCAUCACUGGUACAACAAAUUCAUGAAGGAAUCCCCAUCUGGUCUCAUCACGCUGUUUGAACUGAAGACCAUGCUUCAGAUGCAGGGUAUGACGGAGGAGGCCAAUGGUUAUGUGGACCAGGUGUUUGUCACCUUUGACAUGGACGGGGAUGGAUAUAUAGAUUUUGUAGAAUACAUCGCAGCUGUAAGUCUUCUAUUGAAAGGAGAGAUCAACCAGAAACUGAAGUGGUACUUCAAACUCUUUGAUCAGGAUGGAAACGGCAAAAUCGACAGAGAUGAAAUGGAGACCAUAUUCAAAGCCAUCCAAGACAUCACCCGCAGUUACGACAUCCCUCCAGAUGAUAUUGUAAGUCUGAUCUAUGAGAAAAUUGACAUCAACAAUGAAGGUGAGCUGACAUUGGAGGAGUUCAUCACGGGGGCGAAAGAACAUCCAGAUAUCAUGGAGAUGCUCACCAAAAUGAUGGACCUUACACACGUGCUGGAGAUCAUAGUCAAUGGACAGCAAAAAAAGGAGUGA